AUGGUUCGCGGCACACAAUCCAUAUUCUAUUCAUUGUGUCCGACAAAAACCGUCAAACUCUGUUUAUGCUUCACCACUUAUGGCCUGGCUUUCUCCAUCCCUUAUAUGCAUCCCCCCAUUGCCUUCCAUUUUCCUUUGCUUUCCUCUCCUUUCCUUCCUUCUUUACCUCCUCCCUCGAUCAUCAUCCUCUCCUUCCCCUCUGUCAAUUGCAGUACUUUCAUCAAGUUUCAGGGUACAACAACGCUGGCGACAAAGAUGCAGAAAUGCUGA